AUGCGCGACUCUGCCACGUCGGGCAGAAACUCGACGAAGGCGCACGUCUUUAAUCGCUCGGCACUCGCAGGCGCAGGCGCAGGACUCGUUACAUCCAUUGCAGGAUGUCCUCUCGACGUCAUCAAGACAAAACUCCAGGCUCAAGAGUUUGCCCACGGGACGCUCGGAUACCGUGGUGUGAUUGAAACAACACGCUACGUGUAUGAGAAAAAGGGGAUCCGUGGAUUUUAUAGAGGGUUGGGUCCUACAAUAUUGGGCUAUUUACCGACAUGGGCCAUCUAUUUCACGGUCUACGAUUCCGUAAAAGCAUAUUUUGGAGAAGCUGCUCUCGGCGGUACGCGACCUGUCGUGGACCCCGACCAUGCUCUAGACAAGCGACAUUCACUCGCUCUACACGUCUUUUCUGCAAUGUCUGCAGGAGCGGUCAGCACAGUGUGUACAAGCCCGCUCUGGGUUGUGAAAACACGAAUCAUGGCACAACCUUUGCACGAGAAACCAUAUAAACACACGCUCGAUUGCUUUCUCACCAUCUACCGCGCAGAGGGCAUCAAGGCCUUUUAUCGAGGUCUCCUCACCUCGCUCCUCGGCAUCACACAUGUCGCCGUACAAUUCCCCUUGUACGAGCAACUCAAGGAAUGGGCCGAGCAAGCCCACCCAGGAGAAGACUUGCCAUACUAUACUAUCCUCGGAUGCUCUGGUGGCUCAAAGAUGGUCGCCUCCAUCGCGACGUAUCCGCACGAAGUCAUCCGCACCCGGCUGCAGAUGCAAAAGCGACCGCUGAGGGCUCCCUCGCUCCCCGGGAGCGUGAAUCCGCAGGUGCAUUAUCACGGCAUCGUACAGACGGCUGCGAGGAUAUUGCAAGAGGAGACGUGGCGCGGGCUUUACAAGGGCUUGUCGAUCAACCUCUUCCGGACGGUCCCCAGCAGUGCCGUCACCAUGCUCACAUACGAAGCUCUCAUGCGCUAUCUUGCACUGUAG